CAGGAAUUCGUGUUUUUCAUUGUGGCUAACAGCUAGACUUUGAAAACAAAAUAUGACGUGGCUAAUCCUGGUGGAAAAAAACACAGCACGAAAACCUGAGCCAUUAAAGUGUUUGUUAGAAAACUAGAAGUUGCUAAAGGUGUAGAUACUAAAGUGCAAACCGAAACAAUAAAAGGCGGUUCUUAUUUUUAAUUUGGAAGAGGAAACUACUAGAACUAUUAGCUGAUUGAGCUAACGUCACCUGCUAACAUUACGACUUUGACAGCUGAGCAGGAGAAAAGGUAUGCACUGAGACAUUUGAUAACAUGUCAGACAGUGAAGCUUCUUGUGCAGCAGCCGAGGGUGCAGAGGCAGCGCCGGAAAAGCAGAAUGUCUCUCCCGCUCGAACCCCUGACAGCUCCUCUCCAUCCACACCUGACAUCUCCACUGAUGUAGCUCCGACGAGAAAAGCCAGGAGGAGGCCAGAAACCCAGCCUGCGGCCAAAACAUCCAAUCAGUCGACCGUGUCUCAGGGUGGCUGGGGUUACUGGGGCAGCUGGGGCAAAUCCAUCUUAUCCACAGCAACAGCUACUGUGACCACUGUGGGCCAAGGUAUCACUCAGGUGAUCGAGAAGGCUGAGACAUCACUGGGAAUCCCCAGUCCAACCGAACUGUCAGCUCAGGUGGAGGAAGAAGAGAAACAGAAGGGUAAGCUCUGCAACCACGUGAGAGGUCUAGAUGCUCUUGAGUUCAUUGGGAAGAAGACGAUGGACGUGAUAGCAGAAGGUGAUCCUGGCUUUAAAAAGACCAAAGGACUGAUGAGACGGAACGCCACUCUCUCUCAGGUGCUGAGGGAGGCGAAGGAGCGAGAGGAGCUGCAGUCAGCAGACAAAGACUCGGCAAAUUCAGACAAGAAGGUGGUCGCUCACUACGGGAUGCUGUUUGAUGAAUUUCAGGGUCUGUCACACCUUGAAGCUCUGGAGAUUCUGUCUCAAGAGAGUGAGUCAAAGGUGAAGUCAGUGCUCUUGACUCUAUCAGGAGACGAGCUGGUUGAGCUCAGAGAUGAGCUUGACCAAAUCAAAAGCUCCUUCUCCCUGGUGGAGUUCGAUGAUGAGGAAGUUGAUGAGAGUAAAGAUGAAGACGGAUCAGAGUUUGAGAGGGAGUUAAAGGAGGCCAUGGAGGGCCUCAGUGUUUCUGCAACUGCAGACAAACUCAGCAAGGCCUGUAAGAGCUCCUCCAGCCUGAUUAAUGAGCUGACCAAACAGCAUGUGGAAACAGAUGUAAAUGAGGAGGAUGUGAAGAAGCAUAGUGUGGAGUCAAACGAGAAGGGAGAAGUCCUCAACCCCCUGAUAACAGGAGUAUUUUUAGAGGCAUCCAACAGUGCAUCUUACAUCCAGGAUGCCUUCCAGCUCCUUACGCCGAUACUGGAGAUAUCUCACAUCGAGAGGAGAGUUCAGCUUACGCAGCAGUGACCCGCUAACCUGACCUCUGACCUCUGCCCUCCACUAAAGCCACUAAGCUGGGGCUCAGAGUCUCAGCAGAGAACUGACAUAUCUUUAAAAUGUUUAAGUUGUCUGGUUUUUCAGCUCAAGACAAAAUCUACUUUGAGAAAAUGUUUUCUUGUCAAACAGUGUUACCUUUCUGCGCAUUGCUGGUUUAUUUGGACUGUAUGUUAUAUGAAGUCAUUGGCAUACAGAAGAAGAAGAACAGUGUGGAUUUAUAAUGAACGCAGAACAAUUUUUACUUUCAUUGCACAACAUACACUACCUUUUCUUGGGUGUUAUUCAUUCACUUAGUUCAGGCAUCUCAUACAGGAUACCAACCAGUGAUAACUUGUUUCCAAAAGAACAUCUUAACAAAAUAAAUGGUAAGAUGUAGACAUGAGGCUUCGCUCUUACUGCAAAGCAAAUCAUUGCUGGUCCUGGAGCAGCUGGACUCUAAGUGUGUUUGCUAAAAUCUUCAAGACGCACAAUAAUUGUAGUUUUUGGCAACUUGUCCUUAAAUCCGGGGCAGACUGAAUGUGAUAAGCCUACAGUUCUGUUGCUCUGUGGCCAACUGAAGGAUGAUAUUUGGAGUUUUCUUUCCCUUUGUUUUAAACCCACAUCCUUCUAGAUUCACAGCCAAUAUCAAUUUUAAAUUUUGCACCAUCGCAUGUCAGCACUCGUUCUAUCAAACGUCUCUUUUUGUCUAUAGACAGCCUCAGAUUUAAAGAAGACUUUGAGCCAACAUUUCUUUUACGACUGCACCACUUUUACUAGAUUUGAUAGAAAAAUUGUGGAGCAUUUUAAAAAAAAAAAAAGACCAACAAGCUGGUCACAUAGCUUGAAUAUUUUACAUUAAUGCCCUUGCAUUCUGUAAGAGCAUUUUAAAUAAACCUUUAAGAAAUCGUCUAAAUGAUUAAGUGAUGCUGAGUUGAGAUUCAGAGUUGCAGUUUGUUUAGGAGAAAUUGAAUAAUUAAUCUUUAAAGGGACGUAUUAUUUUCAUUUCCUGCUCUUUAUUUUUGGUCUUUUUAAGCAGCUUUGUUCACAAAUUCAGAAUGAACCUAAUUUUCUUAUACUGUACAGUUUAUCAUUUAACUCCCUUUGAACCAACUUUAUAUUGAUUGGUUACCUCUUGUACAAAAAUGUACAAGCUCAGAUGUUGACGAUCAAAAAAGUUUGAACCUCCUGUCCUGCCACAGCUUAUAAUUUACUCCAUGUCUGCUUUGUCCUUACUGUCCAUCCCCAAAGCCUGUAGGUACCAUGUAGAAAACCAUUGUUUCAUCAAUGUUUCAAUCAAUGAAAUAAAAAAGCAGUGCACAGCAGAAUAAAACUCAUUAGUGAGGUAUACAAACAUGAUGAUUGUAAGUGUCAGUGUUAUAAGCCUGCUUUCCCUUUUGUCAUCUAUCCAACACGAAAGCUUCUGUCUGCCAAGAAGAUAGAGGACUGCUAACAGCUGAGUGUUGUGGGCAUGUACAUUUAUGGUUUUGGAGUAAUAUGGAGCAAUAUACUGUACGCUAUGGCAUAUUACUGAGAUGAGAUUCAAAUAAAUGUGCUUUCUUCAAGCUUUUUGUGUUUAAA